ACAGGAGUGACGCGGCUACAGCAGAUUUGUAUCAGAUUUCUGUUGCGCAGCAGAAGGUGUACAGCGUAGGCAUGAUCCUCAAAGAUAAAACUGUCAAUCAUAAGCGGCUCAAAACGGCCCUUGGCAUCCUAAUGUUUCUUGCAAUUAUUGGUGGAACUGGAUCAGCUGGAGCACUUCGUCAGUACUUCAACAUACUUCCGCCAGUAAAAGGAGUGGAUCCGGCCAAGUCUCCAAGACUCUCGAUGGUUGUGAUGCAGCCGCGCUAUUUCUACUGUGUGCUCUACCCGUGGUCGCGGGUGAUCAACCCAGUGUACUGCAUGCGGCAGUACAAAAGAUACGAGGAAUACGUCCGGCUUCGAAGCUCGUCCACAGCCGCACCGGACCAAUUAGGGUACGAUCCUGGGCUCAUUGAUCCUAGGGCGGCGUCCCUGUCUAACGGACGUACCGGUGGUCUGUGAAACAUGGCAAAGUGCGAACAAGGCUUCGUAUAACUUUGAUUUAAAGGGACACUAAAGAUGAAAAUAUAAGUAGAGCUGUACUUAUUGGAAAAUUACCCUUCUGGAAAUACCCCAACAGAAACCAUUACCUUGAGAGGAAACAUUGCCAGCCAGAAAAGACGCAAGGAAUCUAAAUACGGGUGGCGACAACGCCUUGGAGUUACCGUACGAGGUCGCUGUGACGUCUUGAAUUUUGACGAAGUCUGAUCGGGCAUAGUUAAUAUUCUGGACUACAAGACGGGCUGCAUUAUGUUCUAAAGGAGCCACACAUUGAACUUCCUUCCUUAAAGUCCGUGAUAUCACACUGACGUAUACCUGUGCUGAAGUUUCGCUGUGAAAUUCAGAAAAUAGAAGUUCAACCUUAACUUUUCUCUUGUCAUAAUCAACCUUCCACCACGGAAUUAACCAGCAUAGAGUUUUGAAGGAUUACUUGAUCCCUUUAACCUUGCGAUGCCCGACGUAUCAUUAAUGCUACGCUGUGUUUGAUGCCUCCAAAAUUCUAAUUUAAUUACGAGAAACUUAACUCAUAGCCUAAUAUAGCGUUUCUGAUACGCUGGAGCGAAGUUUUCAGUUGUGGAUAGCUCAGAAAACCAAUUGCUGAUUACAGUAGUGCCUCAUAGAACUUAAUUCGUUCCGUGGGCGGGUUUGCUCGGCGCGACGUUCGUUCUGUGGGACAUGUUUCCCAAUAUUUUUUUUAUGAA